AUGCACAAUUCGGGUUGUUCUAACUUUAGCACUCUCAUAUUCUUGACCAAUUCGUCAAUUGGAUAUUCAAAAUGCUUUCCUCAAUGGUUUUCUUACGGAAGAAGUCUAUAUGAAACAGCCCCUGGCUACACUGAUCCUCAAUUUCCAGAUCAUGUUUGUCGCUUAAAUAAAUUCCUAUAUGGACUAAAACAAGCACCCAGGGCUUGGUAUACUCAUUUGAAUGUUUUUCUUCAAAAACUUGGAUUUGUUAUUUCUCGGGAUGAUUCCUCCCUAUUUAUGCGUCGUACAUCUGAUGGUGUUAUUCACUUGCUUGUCUAUGUAGACGAUAUUAUUUUAACAGACUCCAACUUAGGAUGCUUGCAAAAUUUGAUUGCCACUCUCCAUAAAGAAUUUGCUCUAAAAGAUCUUGCUGAAUUAUCAUUCUUCCUUGGUGUCACACGAACUCCUGCUGGCUUGUUUCUCUCCCAGCGACGCUAUAUUGAAGACUUGUUAGAACGUGCUAAUAUGCAUGGUGCAAAGCCUGUGAGUACCCCUUUUACAACUUCUACUGGAUUGAACCCAGUGGGUGGAACUCCUUUAUCGAACCCUACUGUUUAUAGAAGUCUCGUCGGCGGUUUACAAUAUUUGUUGAUCACACGCCCAGAGCUUGCAUUUGCUGUCAACAAGGUUUGCGAAUUUAUGCAAAACCCAACGGACAAGAAUUUACUUCUUGUCAAGCGAAUUUUGCGUUAUCUACAAGGUACUUUCUGUUAUGGUAUUACUCUUCGUGGUUCUCCGACAUUGAAGCUAAACUUUCAAGCAUAUACAGAUGCCGACUGGGCUGGUGAUCAAACUGAUAGACGUUCUACGAGUGGAUAUUGUGUUUUCUUGGGAUCAAAUAUCAUUUCUUGGAGUGCUCGGAAGCACAAAACAGUUUCGAAAUCAAGUACCGAAGCCGAAUAUAGAGGUCUUGCGAUUGCUACUGCUGAACUUAUGUGGAUUGAAUCUUUGCUGAAAGAACUCCAGGUUCAAGUUUGCACUCCACCAGUUUUAUGGUGUGAUAAUCUCGGUGAUACUUAUCUAACUAUGAACCCCGUUUUUCAUGGUCGUACAAAACAUAUAAAGAUUGAUUACCACUUUAUACGAGAACGAGUUCAACGUGGCCAGUUGGAUGUCAGAUUUGUCUCUUCUCAAGACCAAAUUGCUGAUAUAUUUACUAAGAGAACACCGAAACAACGUUUCACUUCUCUUCGCUCUAAGCUUACUGUCUCCGACCACCCGCUUAGAUCGAGGGGGAGUGUUAGAGAAAAAGAAAGUUAA